AUGCGUCAAACUUGCAGAUUUUUUGAAACUCAUAGUAUGAACAACAAUACAAAUUCUUAUGAAACUAAAAAGCCGAAUUUGAAAUCAAGUAUCAAUUUUAGAUCGCCAACGUUACCAGAUGAGUUACUUUUUUCCACUCCAACCGAGUCUCUAAACAAUUUCUAUAAUGAUUCAGAAAAGACCUAUGAAUUUUGGAAAGAUUCAACAAACGAUAUAGACGGUUUUAAACAAUUUAUUUAUCAUGAUGACAGCGAGUCCAAUGAAUUGAUCCCUAGAAAAUCGUAUGGUUCCUCUGAUUGGCAGUCCACUGUAUCUAAAUUGUUCCCAAAAAGUAAGGAAUGGAAGGAAACAAAAAAGUGCCACUUAGAUGACGCCUAUGGAUUGAGUUCAUUGACAUUAAGCGAUAGCGAAAAAGUGCAAACGACUUCUUUUUUAAAUUCCUCCACGACACCUUCGUAUACUCUUCCCAGGCCAUCUUUUCACACUGUAUGUCAACCUGAAUGCGCUCAAUCGCUUGGAUCUCAUUUUUUAAUAAAUAACAAUGAUUAUGCUAAGAGUUUUUCAUAUAACGCAUCUGAUAAUGAUAAAAACAUUUUCGUUGAAUCCACAAAUCAGAUCGAAUAUUUCUCGGAAAACAACGAGGCAAAUUAUAAAAAAAAUAGUGCCACAUGUUCAAAUGAAUUAUGUGAUCUAUUUCAACAGGAAUCUUUAUUUUCAUCGAUUAUGGAAUAUCCAUCACCUCAUCAUUUUAAUUGUGAGGCACAAAAGAAAAAGUAUGUUAAAGUAUCCCUUCCAAUGGCUGAUGAAAAUGCUUCGAAACAUCACUUAAUACAUCGCUCUCAUGUCGAAAAUCAAUCAAAUGUUUUGAAAACGUCGUCUUGUGAUAUAUCUUAUAAUAUCAAUUAUUCCAACACUUUGCAAACUGAAGUAACCGAAUCCAUUCAAAACACAAAUUUAAACUUGACUAAAAAUGUUACGGAGCCUAAAGAAGUUGCUACAAACGGUUUUUUAAAAGCUGGUAAACCUGAUGUUAAAUUUUUUAACGAUAACACCAAUGAAAUAAGUUCUUUCUCUUCCAAAAACACAACUAACACAUUUUAUGACAAUGUUCAGCUAAAAAAUAAAGAUUUGUUUAUGGAGUCUCAUAAAUCCUAUUUGAACACUCGUCGAAAAACUCUCAAUCCUUCCUGUACGGAAACAUCCCGUCCUGCUAAUUCAUAUAUGAACUUAUUAGAAAAUUUGGAUCGUUUUUUCCCAUUAUCGUCUGGAUCAAGACUACCUCCACCCUUACCCUCUCAGACUUUAGAUAUUUGUUAUACGUCCGAUAAACCAAACACAAAAUCAUUGCAAGAACCUCACAUCCCUACAACCUUUGUUAGGCGAUCCCGUGCAAAAACAUCUCCAGCCAUAUCUAAUCCAUUCACCGAUAAAUUAUUUACUUGUUUCCAGACAUCAGAACCGCAUGAUCAUUCUCUCAACGUACCCUUUUUUCAACCCAUCGAAACAAUGUCCUCAAGAUUUUUAACGGAGAAGGAAAAUUUACAUUUAGAGGGUCCUUUGUCCCAUGCUUUCCCGAUACCCAAAUUUCAUUUUUUUUGUAAAUCUGUAGAUGCUACGGCAACAAAUACUACUAACAACAAUAACAAUAUCUGUGAAUAUAAUGAUUCAAUGCUAAAUAAUAAAUCGGAUGGAUUCAACUAUCCUUUUUUCAAUUCCAAUACAAAAAACUCUAUCGCUUUAUCAAUGUGUAAAAAAUUGAUUCCUCGAACUACAGACUUACAAACCUCUCCAUGUGUUUCCUUUGAUAAAUCUGACGUCAUGCAUCAUGAUGCUGAUAAAAAUACAUUGCCUUACUCACAGAUUCAGGAAGACAUGAUACAUGAAUUCGACCCUUCCAAAGAUUGUUAUGCAUGGAAUAAUCCAAAAAUUAUGACUGGUAAAUAUUGGAAUACUUCUUUAAAUGAUAAAUCCAAUCCUAUUCAAAAAAUAACAGGUUUCAAUCAACCAACUAAAAAACUCGCUUCACACAAAAAACCAACUCUUUGUAAAGCUUCUUUAAUGUAUUUUCCUUUCUGUUUUCAAAAGAAUAUUCAUAACCCUUACAAUAAAGUAGAAUCACAGCAACACCCUCCCUCUUUACAUUCGGGUUUUGUAACAAACUCUUUAACAACACAGCCAUGGACUAGUGGUGUUACAAAGAGUGUCACCACCAAUUCGCCAAGUCAACCGAUAACUGAAAUACCACUAAACGACGUUCCACAAUCCGAUGACUCUCACGCUUUACAGAAUUUUUUACACAUUCAAAGGCAAUGUCGACCAUGCGCGUUUUUUUAUAGUAAAAAGAAAAACUGUCGAAAUAGCUACAGUUGCAAAUUCUGUCACCACUCGGAUCACUCAAUUAUUUCCAUGAAACAAUGGAAAAAAAAUAUGGUAAAAAAAAAUGUUUCCAUGUCGGUUGUACAUUGCUCAACAUAAAACACAAAUCACAUGGUUUCCACAACCUAUAUCAAAUAUAUAUCCAGAUUCUUCAAAUAAUGCCGCUUUUUCCGUAUGACGCGACAAAUAUUUUAAUAAAGUUCGAAUUAUUGAAUUUAUUUUCUUUUUUUAUAUUAAAGGAAAAAAUUAGAUGGCGAGGUAUAAAUAUCCAGUCCCUGGUUUGCAUCCCUAUGCUGCGUUGAAUUUUUUAUCUAGUAAUUGGUAUCCUUUCACCACACUCUUUAGUCAAUUCAAUAGUAUUUAAAGAAUAAAGAAAAAAUUGUUUCUUGACAUUUAAAUUAAAACAAAUUUGUACAAAAAACAUACUACAAAAAAAAAGUAUUUUUAAAUAAUCAAUAUCUUCAGU